UCACAAAGAAAAGCAAUUGUACAUUUGUCAAUAUUGCGAUUUUUCCACGAAACAUUCUUCCUACUUAAAAGUGCACUUCACGCGCAAACGUAAGGACGAUUUUCACAUUUUGUGCAACAAGUGCGAUCGAAAGUUUCGGAUAAAAGGUGAUUAUACCAAGCACUUCAUCACUCACGAAGAAGAUGAAUGUAUCUGUGACAUAUGCGGUACAACAAUGGCAAACAUGAUGUCCCUUUUUUCCAUGAGAAUUAUAAACACAAAGUAAAAGAGGCGAAUUUUCAACGUUCUAUAUGCAAGAAGAAGUUGCAAACUCAAAAGAACUUGGACAGUCAUAUAAAGCAGCAUGAGCUGAGAUAUACAUGCGAAGAAUAUGGUGCACGAUUGAUUCAUAAGGCAACAUCGAGGAAACACAUUAGUGCGCACUUCGGCGAGAAGCCUUAUGUGUAUCAUAUAUGUAAAAAAGAUUUUGCAAGCAUGGCUAUCUGAAAGGUGCAUCUUUUGACAUGCGGAGAUUCAUCUAUAUAUCUACAGAAUUUGUGAUCAAAGCUUCAUACAACGUCCAAAAGGAAACAUCGAUGUUACGGAAAUUCCAUCGUCUUUAAUAUAACAUUAUCAAUAAUAUAACGCGUAAUGCUACAAAAAUACAAAAUGAAAUCUGUUCCCGAUCACAGAGAUGAAUGUGAAAUUUCAUGUCAGAUUACUCUUGGAAAAAGGCAGAUGUCGAAGUUGGGAAAUGCCAGAAGCGAAAAGAGAGAUGCCAAAAUAUUCAUUGAUUCAAUAAAGUCAAAAGAUACAAUUAAAGAAGGAACAACGGAAGAUGUCAACAAGCAGUUCAGUGAAGCCAUUCACGAAGAGAAAUUAUUGCAUACUGAUAAAACGUGUACAAGAGAAGACGUACUUUAUAAGAAACUUGUUAGUGGAAAUUAUAUAUGUGAUAUUUGUCAAAUAGUAUUUAAGCAAAAAGGUAAAAUUCUGCGCCAUAUUACGAGCAAACACAGUUUUCAUCGUCCUUUCAAGUGUGCAAUUUGCAGCAAAAGUUUCAAAUACAAGUGCGACUUGAAGAUGCACCGGCUUGUUCAUCAGGAGAUGGAUUCUAGCUCGUUGCACUGCUGCAAUAAAUGCGACUAUCGCGGUAGAACCAAAAGCAAUUUGAAAGCGCAUUACAUCAGGCGACACACCGACGAGUACAGAUUCGCUUGCGAACAUUGCGGUAAGCGCUUCAAGAUAGAAUGGGAUCUCAAGUUCCAUCUCGGCACGCACAACGGCUCUCAGCAUAUGUGCGACAUUUGCGGUAGAUUCUACACAAGCAAUUAUUCCCUGUACAAACACAGGAAAGUGGCGCACUUGAACGAAUACAAAUUCCACUGUGACGUGUGCAACAAGAAGCUCUUGACGCAGGAGAAUCUGGACAACCAUAUGCAACAGCACAAUAAAACUUACGACUGUAAAGAAUGCGGUAAGGCGUUCGCGUCGAAGAGAUACUUGGCUAAUCACGCGACGACGCAUACAGGCGUGAAACCGUACGUAUGCCACGUCUGUAAAAAAUGUUUCAGAACGUCGCAUAUGAGAAACACGCAUUUAGUUACGCAUUCGACUGAAAAGCCAUAUAUUUGUGAUUUAUGCGGGCAAGCCUUCAAGAGGAGAUAUUAUAUGAUUGUGCAUCGUAAAAAACAUCCGGAUGCACACUUAUCGUCACCACCUAUGCCUCUUGGGAAAGUAUCUCAGACAUGAACGCAAAUCAUGGUUUCAUAAAGAAUAUCUCGUUGUACCUCAUCAUAUCUUAUUGUUACGUAUUAAUCCUAGAAUAAUUUUACAUGUGAGAGAAAGAGAUACUACAAGAGAGAAUUGUGCUGUAUGUUUAAUUGUAAGAGAUUGAUAGACUAAUCUAAUUGUGGAAUCUUGAUUGGAAAAUGUGUAUCAAGAGCUGUAUGAAAUAUGAAAUAAUUCAGACUCAUAAAAACCGAUGUGAUCUCUGUUAUGUGAUAAUCUAAAUGUGUGUGUGUGUGUGAUACAAUUAUUUUACU